GCGCAUGUGCCUGGCGCCCCCACCCCGGCCCUGGAUUCCACUUCCUCUCCGCUGGCGCUGCAGCCGCAGCCGCCUACAGGCCCCACGCCGCCUCCGGAGUCCAUGGCCGGGACGCGCUGGGUGCUCGGGGCGCUGCUCCGAGGCUGCGGCUGCAACUGUAGCAGCUGCCGGCGCACCGGCGCUGCCUGCCUGCCCUUCUACUCGGCUGCCGGCUCCUUCCCGUCUGGCGUCUCGGGCCGCCGCCGCCUGCUGCUGCUGCUCGGGGCCGCCGCGGCCGCCGCCUCUCAGACUCGGGGCCUCCAUACCGGGCCUGUGCCCGCCGGGAGGCUGGCGGGGCCUCCCCCCGCGACCGCCUCCGCCGCCGCCGCGGCCGCUGCCUCUUACCCGGCUCUGCGCGCCCCGCUGCUGCCGCAGUCGUUGGCGGCGGCCGCGGGCCCGACGCGGGGAUACAGCCAGGAGUCCAAAACCACCUACCUGGAAGACCUUCCGCCUCUCCCUGAGUAUGAAUUGGCUCCAUCCAAGUUAGGAGAGGAAGUGGAUGAUGUUUAUCUCAUUCGAGCUCAAGGAUUACCAUGGUCCUGCACUGUAGAAGAUGUGCUUAGCUUUUUCUCAGACUGCAGAAUCCGCAAUGGUGAGAAUGGAAUACACUUCCUCUUAAACAGAGAUGGGAAACGAAGGGGUGAUGCCUUAAUUGAAAUGGAGUCAGAGCAGGAUGUGCAGAAAGCCUUAGAAAAGCAUCGCAUGUACAUGGGGCAGCGGUAUGUGGAAGUAUAUGAGAUAAACAAUGAAGAUGUGGAUGCCUUAAUGAAGAACCUGCAGGUCAAAUCUUCACCUGUGGUAAAUGAUGGCGUGGUUCGUUUGAGAGGACUUCCUUACAGUUGCAACGAGAAAGACAUUGUAGACUUCUUUGCAGGACUGAAUAUAGUAGACAUUACUUUUGUAAUGGACUACAGAGGGAGAAGAAAAACAGGAGAAGCCUAUGUGCAGUUUGAAGAACCAGAAAUGGCCAACCAAGCCCUGUUGAAACACAGGGAAGAAAUUGGUAACCGAUAUAUAGAGAUAUUUCCAAGCAGGAGGAAUGAAGUUCGAACACAUGUCGGUUCUCAUAAGGGAAAGAAAAUGGCAUCUUCUCCUACUGCUAAGUAUAUAACUGAGCCAGAAAUGGUCUUUGAAGAACACGAAGUAAAUGAGGAUAUUCGACCAAUGACCACUUUUGAAAGUGAGAAGGAAAUCGAAUUGCCUAAGGAGAUGUCAGAAAAGCUUCCAGAGGCUGUUGAUUAUGGAACUACAUCUUCACUACAUUUUGUUCACAUGAGAGGAUUGCCUUUCCAAGCCAAUGCCCAAGACAUUAUAAAUUUUUUUGCUCCUCUGAAGCCUGUUAGAAUCACUAUGGAGUAUAGCUCUAGUGGGAAGGCCACAGGAGAAGCUGAUGUGCACUUUGACACCCACGAGGAUGCUGUUGCAGCCAUGCUCAAGGAUCGCUCCCAUGUUCACCAUAGGUAUAUUGAAUUGUUCCUGAAUUCAUGUCCAAAGGGAAAAUAAAAAUAAGACUUCCAGGGACUCCAGAUAAUAAGGAUGAAGCAAGAAGCAUUUCAUUUGCACAUCUUUCUUGGACGUGGGAUAUAAAGUUCCAGUUUUUUAGCAGCAACUGCUACAGAAAGGAUUUUGGGAUUUGGGGUUAAUUGCUUAUAAGAAAAAUUCCGUAGUGGACUGUUUAGAAAGAAAAUGGAAGAUUCAGUUUGGGAUUAAAUAAACCACAAAAUUUAAAUUUUUGUUUAAACUGUCCCGGAUCUAAUUUAAAAAUCUGGUCUUUAUUUUAUAUGAUAAAACAGUUUGUUUUCAUAGAAGAAAUAUUACCCAAUGUAAAGACUGCAUAUUUUUAUUCAGCACUGUCCUUUAAAGACUUUCCCUCAUUUUAAAAAUGGUAUUUGAGAGCUCUGAUAUAAAACUUACCAUGGAAUAAAAUACUGAUUUAUUUUAACCAAAUACGCACCAAAGCAAAGAAAGGUUUCCGACCUUUGAACCGUUAUGGUUUUACAGAGUAGUUAUAAUUUUAGGUGUAUUUGAUGACUUAGGGGUAGGAAUUAAAAAAAGAAAAGAGUCAAAACAAAAAAUAAAUACCACAGAUUAGUGAGUGUAAAUAACUAUUUGGCAGUUUCAUGUUUUUAGAAAUGUUUUGCCUUUCUAGGCCUUGUACUGAAGGCAUUUAACAUUAAUGCCAGUAUGCUUAAGGAGGGAAUUCUAGCCUCAACUUAAAAGUUGUCUUAACACCCCCCAACCCCUUGUUUUGGUUUUGGGUAAACUGUAAGGGUGUUCGUCUCAAUCCUGUGAAGUGACAUGUCAGAACAGUCCUGACUGGUAAGGACAUUAAUGGCUUCACUUGAGUUUAAACCAGCUCUAGAUAGGAAAAAAAAUCUCAGUCUCAUUUGCUUUUUCAGUGGGGUAGCACAUCCCAUAUUUUAGAACAAAGGGGUGCCUUGCUUAAAUAAAAAUAGCAUUUAAUGUAUAAUUGUGUGAAGGAUUUAUGGAUGAAGCUGUAUUUCUGUCACAUUAUUGCAGUACUUUCUGCUUUAAUAUUAAACAGCUUGUUAUUUAACUAUUGGAUCAAAAUGGCUGGCUUCAAAAUGUAGUCAUUAAUAAACUAAGUUUAUGUGCACCUUGUAGGAGAAUCAACAUCCUUUAUACUUUCUUUGCCUUGUUCCUGUUCUCAGGGUGACGACUGCUAUGUAGAUAGUUACCAGGAAAUGCAAUCCUAAUUCAUAAAAUUGAAUUAGCCCAGAUUUCUGAGCGGUGAUAUCUGGAAGAGAGAUUAUGUCUUCUCUCACUCAAUACAUAACCAUCUUUGAUUACCAGCUAAGAUACAAAAUCACUGUACUGUAAAUAGUCAAUAAAUGAAGGCUUUGUUUCAGGCUGAAGAUUA